GCCCGUUCCUUUCUUCGCAGCCACGCAUCAUGGGGAAGCCACGUGGAAUACGUACUGCACGUAAGCAUAAGAACCACCGUCGUGAUCAGAGAUGGCACGAUAAGGACUACAAAAAAGCCCAUCUGGGUACCCGCUGGAAGGCCAACCCCUUCGGAGGAGCAUCACACGCCAAAGGCAUCGUGCUCGAGAAGGUCGGCGUCGAGGCUAAGCAGCCUAACUCUGCCAUCCGUAAGUGCGUAAGAGUACAACUGAUCAAGAACGGAAAAAAAAUCACCGCUUUCGUGCCCAACGACGGCUGUUUGAACUACAUCGAGGAAAACGAUGAAGUUUUGGUCGCCGGAUUCGGUCGUAAAGGACACGCCGUCGGAGAUAUUCCCGGAGUACGUUUCAAGGUGGUGAAAGUGGCUAAUGUGUCGCUCCUGGCCCUGUACAAGGAGAAGAAGGAGAGACCGAGGUCUUGAGUUCCCAAUAAAGGUGCCGGGCGGCAGACGCCGAAAGAA